AUGCCUUUUCGAUUUGGGACCCAGCCAAGAAGAUUUCCAGUGGAAGGAGGAGAUUCAUCAAUAGGACUAGAACCUGGGCUUAGCUCUAGUGCGGCCUAUAAUGGAAAAGAGACUUCACCGACCAGGCAACUCCGAAGAUGCCCUGGAAGUCAUUGUCUGACAAUAACUGACGUUCCCAUCACUGUCUAUGCAACAAUGCGAAAGCCACCUGCACAAAGCAGCAAGGAAAUGCAUCCUAAAUAG